CGGGCCCCACCUCGGAAGCCAUGAGCUACGGCCGCCCGCCGCCCGACGUGGAGGGCAUGACCUCACUGAAGGUAGACAACCUGACCUACCGGACCUCGCCGGACACGCUGCGGCGCGUCUUCGAGAAGUACGGGCGCGUGGGCGACGUGUACAUCCCGCGGGAUCGCUACACCAAGGAGUCGCGCGGCUUCGCCUUCGUGCGCUUCCACGACAAGCGCGACGCCGAGGACGCCAUGGACGCCAUGGACGGCGCGGUGCUGGACGGGCGCGAGCUGCGCGUGCAGAUGGCGCGCUACGGCCGCCCGCCCGACUCGCACCACAGCCGCCGCGGGCCGCCCCCGCGCAGAUACGGCGGCGGCGGAUACGGCCGGAGGAGCCGCAGUCCCCGGCGCCGCCGCCGCUCGCGCUCCCGCAGCCGCUCCCGGUCCCGAUCGCGAAGCCGCUCGCGAUACAGCCGCUCCAAGUCCCGCUCGCGCACGCGCUCCCGCUCGCGCUCCACGUCCAAGUCGCGCUCGGCGCGCAGGUCCAAGUCCAAGUCGUCGUCGGUGUCCCGCUCGCGCUCCCGCUCCCGCAGCCGCUCCCGCUCGCGGAGCCCGCCGCCCGUGUCCAAGAGGGAGUCCAAGUCCCGCUCGCGCUCUAAGAACCCCCCGAAGUCCCCGGAGGAGGAAGGCGCCGUGUCCUCGUAG